GACUCCAUGGUAUCAGGCUCCUUAUCAUCGAGCACCAAGAUAUCAAGCUCCUUGGUCUCAUGCACCACAAUACCAGACAUUUCAGCAUCAGAGGCCUCAGCAGUGAUUUGUACCAGCCAAUCACACUGGCAACUCCAAGAACAAAUCCAAGCAGUUUAGAAGGCCUCAGGAGGUGGAAGAAGAUCAAUAUCACAGUGAGCCGCCUAUCUGGAUGCAAAGCAUGAUGGAGUGGAUGAUGUCCUGCCAGCAACCACCCUCAAGAAGGCAAGCUUGGGUUAAGAAUGACAGUCACCCCAUGAGGGGGAACAGACGCACCUAGCAGGUUCGGGUGUUCAUACCUAAGAUUUGGUUCCUAAUCCUACGGCAUCAGGUAUUUGUUGGGGAAGGCAGAAAAAGAAGGUCGAGCGACUGUUUUUCUGUAUUGGCAUCAUCAGUUUUCUGUUUUUCAGUGUGAAGCGUAUGGACGGUUGUUCUUGGCAUCCGGAAGGGUGGAGAUUAGUCGUCCGGAUUCACGCGGCAUCAAACUGUUGGACGGUAAGGAUACUCAUCUGGACGCGCGCGACCUGUCCGCUUGUUUCCAAUGCAGCGCGCGUCCGGACGACAUUAAUACAUCGUCCGGACGAGGACCCCACAGACUCUAUAAAAGCCCCUGGUCACCGUUUUUCUACCCUAGCCCACCAAAAUCUCUCUUUUUGGCAUCUUGUUAGUUAUUACUUGUGAGCUUUUGGAUUCAUCUUCCUCCCUUUUGUCUUUUUGCGGAUUAUUCUCACAUUCUAGAAUCAUGUCUGCAGGCAGUCCACAACGUAGAGAUCGCCAGAGGACUGAGGGAGACAAGGCAGCCAUUAGAGUCAAGAUCAUGGAUCACCCAGUCAUUGCCGAGCGGAAUGUGGUCCGCUCUGACAUUAUGGUGGCACCUCUGGAUAGUAUUCAUGACACUAUCCAGACUUAUCAUUGGGGGUAUCUUCACUCCUGUGCUUGUGUUGUCUACACCAGGCUUGUCAGACUUUUCUAUGCCAACCUAGAGGUGGUGCAGGACGAUAACCACGGGUUGGUACUUCAGUCCACCGUUGGUAGCCAUAUCAUCACUGUUGAUCCCCAUAUCAUCAGUCACUUCAUCAGAGUGCCUGUUCUCGAGCUGCUUGGUAGUCCUUAUAAUGAGGUAGUCAUUCCUCCCUCUAUGGAUGAUCUCAGAGAGUUCUUCCCCGCUGUUCCCCAGGGAGACGAGCGCGCCACCACCAUCAGGAUCAGCACCCUAUCUGCUUCUCAUCGCAUGUUGGCGAAGAUUGUUCAGCACAAUCUUUGGCCGACCGUCAGGCGUAGUGACCUAAUUUUGAAGAGGGCCCAGUCUGUCUAUGCCAUUCAUCUCCACUUGCUCUUCUACCUGUGCAAGCAUAUUUUGGGCGUUAUUUUGGAGGCCCGUGAUGAGAGCAAUACCGGUCUUCCUUUCGGCUGCCUACUCACCCAGAUCAUCCUACAGUCAGGUAUCAGUAUUGCUGGUGAGCCGAAGAUGAAGAUUCAAAAUCCUAUCGGCAAGCAGACUUUGAUGAAGUCCAAUGCCCAGCUGCGGAGGGAUGAUUCUGAUGAUGAUGCACCUGCUGCCAUGUCGGUUGGCUUUCCGGACAUGGCCUCCUCCUCUCAGACCGUCUCACCUUAUGAGCCGGACGUCAAUUAUUCUCAGAUAAUGGAGGCCCUAGCUUCCAUUCAGGGAGGUAUGAGUACGAUGCAGCUCUCUAUCUCCUCCAUGCAACAGUCCAUCUCCACCAUGCAGCAGGAGGUGCACUCCAUCAAUCUACGAGUAGAGCAGAACCAGCUAGAUCUCCGAGAGUGUCUCAAGUUCCAUCAUCCUAACAGCAGUGACGAUGAGGAUGAUGCGCCUAGGACUGCGCCUAUGGCAGAGGAUGCUUAAGUUUCUUUUUUGUUUAGUUGUCUUUUUUUUUUUGUUCUUGUGUUUGAGACAAUUGGUUUAUUUUCUACUAUGUUUAUUAAAUUCUUGGAAAAUAUUACUCUGUUUACCCUGGUCCUUCUGAGACGAUUGGAGGGAGUAAUUUUUGUUAUGCUUGGCUUUUAUUACUCUGUUUUAGCCUUUGUCCCUUUGUGACAAAAAAUGGGGAGUAAUUUUUAUUUUUGGACCAGGAAUGUAUUUUCAAAACGGUCAAGUGAUUUUUGUCCCAGAAUGGCCAAAGGGGGAGUUUGUUAGUUUGUAAUUGGCCUCAUUCUGAUUGGACAAAAUCACAUGUAUGUAAAGAUACUUUUUAACAGGGAUUCCGCUAUUCAGAAGUGUUCCAGAGAUUCUGCACUGUUUGCAAGUCAGAGAUUUCGGUUCCCUGCCAGCCGUCUGGACGAAGUGUCAUCCUUUCCGGGCGCUCAUCUGUCCUUAGUUCCAGCCGUCCGGAUGAUGUGCCAUACCGUCCGGACGCUCGACAGACCAAAGCAU